AUGCAUAACCGGCAACCAGUAACCCCGAAACUGCUGUGGAAGAGCUUAAGAGACUUCGAUCUUUGGCCGUUGUACAUCCUGGGGCUGACUUUCCAGAUCCCGAUGAACCCUCCGAAUCAGUAUCUGACUCUCUCGCUUCGAGGGCUUGGGUUCGAUACUUUUCAGGCGAAUUUGCUGGCGAUUCCGUGGACUGUGUUGCAUAUCAUCUUUUUGCUCGCUCUUACUUACUCUGCUGAGAUCUUCGGGGAGCUCACGUUUCACGCGAUGCUUGGCCAGAUCUGGGUCAUUCCAUUCCUGAUCUGGUUGACGGUAGCCGAGGUGGCUGGUGCAAAUAAAUGGCACGCAGCGCAUCCCAUCCAAGUGGGAUGGAACUCCCGAAACUCGAACACGGUUCGCUCUCGGACGGUCAGCGCGGCAACAUACAACAUGUUCGUGCAGGCUUCGUCUGUGAUAUCGGCAAAUAUAUACCGCAAAGACGAUGCGCCCAAUUACCCGAGAGGUAACAAAGCUCUCUUGGGCAUAGCGGUUGGCAACGUUGGAUUGUACCUGUUGACAAAAGCAUACUAUGUGUGGCGAAACAAGAGCAGGAGCGCCAGAUGGGAUGCGAUGACGAAGGAACAGAAGAUGGAGUACCUGGAGACCACGACAGACGAAGGAAAUCGUCGUCUGGAUUUCCGCUUUGUGCAUUAACGAGGUUUCGAUGGUGCUUGAGACACGUGGAGCCCUGGGUGGAUUUGCUAAGUGGCUGUAGCUGAGCUCGCUGGGUGGGGUUCCGAGACGAGAGUAGACAUGGGUGGGCAUUUGUCCACGAAGCGUGAAAGUAUAGACACG